UUUUUAGUCGUAUUUUCAUCUGGGCUCAACAAACACUUCUCCAUUUGCACCAGAAUAUGUGAAAUUAUUUACUGGGGAGAGGGUGCGUAACGGAGACCGGUGAGAACUUUGUUGGAUUGAUACAUUGAUGUGAAUUUCAGAUGCAUCGCCCUAAUGGUAUGAAUCUGGCUGCCUGGAGAGAAUUUGUUGUUCAGCGCGAAGCCAAGGCAAGGCAGCAGGGAUGAUGAGAGUGCACGAAGACAAAUCGCUAACUGCCAUUUCAACCGCAUUGCACAUUUGCCGUCCAUUUUACAUGGGAAAGCAUGUUUAUUUUGUAUCAUAAUACCAAUAUGUAUAGCCAAAUUCAACAUCUAGAAUUGAGGUGAUGAAGGCUGGCACAUUUCCAUUGUUCUUCGAGGAAUGAAAACGCUCCAAGAUGGUCCGCAUCGCAAACGCCCUGGGUCUGGUCAUAUUGAUGGUCGCUCUUCUCAUUUUAUCCUUAAUAAGUUAUGUGUCCAUUAGAAAGGACAGCAUCUUCUCUUCCACAAAAAAUGACAAUAUGGGAGGACCACGGAUAAUGUUCCACGCAGGAUUUCGGUGAGUAGGCUAAACCAAGACCUGGAAGCUCAUCAUUUUUUAUUUUGAUAUGACGCACGCAAAAACCCUGAAAUGGUCAGAUAAAAUGUGAUUUAUGUCACUCUGUCAAGGCGCACGCGUGACAAUUUUUUCCAACGUAAUCUUUAUGAUUAAUUAUGUCCACAUUGUUCUGUAGGUUAUGGCAUUAUAUGGCCAAAAUAAAUAAUAAUUCCUCUGCACGCGGAAGUAACCUAAUCUAAAGCAAAACCCUGCGUCAAUUAGUCCUACAUUAAUUUGUUUAUGACAAUUUAACUGUAGAAUCAUUGACAGUAGGUUAGUGUUAAUAUAUAUAUAUAUAUAUAUAUAUAUAUAUAUAUAUAUAUAUAUUAUAUAUAUAUAUAUAUAUAUGUAUAUAUAUUUAACCAAUUAUCGUUGCUCCAUCAGUAGCCCUAUUUUAAUCAAGAGAACUGUCCAAGGUGAUGCAAGCUCUUAUUGUGCCUAUUGUUACAAGCCCACGCCUGAACGUAUGCGAUGAGUGGGCUUGGACAUGUAAUGCUGACAUUAUCAAUAGCGUCUUUACUAAGGAAAACCCUUUUCUUCUCAGGUCACAGUUUGCCAUGAAUUUCCUGGACCCAUCCUUCAUCCCAUUAACCAAUGCUCUGAAUGAGGAGCUGCAAGGGAAACCCUCCAAAUGGAAAUUCAAUAGGACAGCUUUUUAUCAGCAAAGGUAUUAUUUAUUAUUAUUAUGUGGGAUAUCUGUAAUAAUCUGUAGAAACAUUUUCUAUUGUUUUUAAUGCAGUGUUCAGUUUAAACAGAAUACUGUUUAUGUGUUUAGUAGAACAUUUCAGUUUAUUUGUCAUGUGCAGUUGGCUACAUAACAUUGCAUUUUGUUGAAACAGUAGCUGUGAGCUGAUAUUUUGAUCUGUUUACUACCUUUCAGGAAAGAGAUCUUCCAUUACAUUGAUGUGGCCAACAACUUCUCCCUCACCAAGAAUGGUGUGCGCGUCGGCCAGCUGAUGCACUUCGACUACUCCAGUCACAAGUAUGUCUUCUCUAUAAGCAACAACCUGAAGUCACUGCUUCCUGAUGCUUCACCCAUCCAGAACAAGCACUACAACGUGUGUGCUGUGGUGGGUAACAGUGGGAUCCUGACCGGUAGUCACUGUGGGCCAGAGAUCGACAGUGCCGACUUUAUCUUCCGCUGUAACUUCGCCCCUACCGACUCCUAUUACAAGGAUGUGGGCCGGAAGACCAACCUCACCACCUUUAACCCCAGCAUCCUGGAGAGGUACUACAACAACCUAUUGACCAUCCAAGACCGCAACAACUUCUUCCUCAACCUGAAGAAGCUGGAGGGGGCAAUUUUGUGGAUCCCUGCAUUUUUCCUCCACACCUCGGCCACCGUCACACGGACCCUGGUGGACUUCUUUGUUGAGCACAAGGGGCAGCUGAAAAUCGAGCUGGCCUGGCCGGGAAACAUCAUGCAGGAUGUCAACAAGUGAGUAUGGAGAGACUGAGUUUAUUGUGCCAGAGUUCUGAGAAUUAGAACUGUCAUUGGUGGUUUUGUUCUCACUUUCAGACACCAUUGUUACUACAAACUGUACACACAAAGAAAAUGCUGGGUUGUUUGGAUGACCCAACUGCUGGGUUACAGGCAUUGGGUCACAUAUGUUGUUUUCUUUAAAAAGAGCAAGGUUGGGUUGUUGAUGCUGGGUUAUUGAAAUAGACUGGAGGCGUGGCUUAGUAGGGGCGUGGCUUUCAGAUAGUUAUUUUUGGCCACUUGUGAGAGUAAAUGUCAUUCCUGUUAAUCUGUUCUGUUGUAUUGUUAGCACAUGUUAAGGUUGAACACUGGCAGUUCUUAAGCUUUUAUGAGGCUUACAGAAGGCUUACAGAGGUGUUUGUGUUCCUUAAAGGCCCAGUGCAAUAAAAAACGUUAUUUUCCUGUGGUCUAUAUAUAUUUCCACACUAUGAGGUAGGAAUAAUACUAUGAAAUUGUGGAAAAUUAUGAUAAUUCCCUUUUCGUGUAAGAGCAGUUUGCAAAGACCGCCUGGUGGGAUGGAGUUUUGGCCUGCCUGGUCACAUCACCAGACAGUAAAUGAGUUAAUAGACCAAUAAGAAAGAGAGUUACAAACCUCUCAGCCAAUAACAGCUAGUUUUUAGUUUUACCCUCCCAACUCAGACCACUCCCAGACAGUCCUAGCACAAUUCUUGCUAGAGUAAUUGCUCUUUGCUAAGAAGUUAUAUUUUUUAUUGAAAACAAUCACAGUAAGGUACUUAAUUGAUACCUAGAAAUGAUUUGAUAUUGAGAUAAAAAUGGCUGCAUUGGAGCUUUAAAGCUGGAGUCAUUAAUGGUGAAACAGCCACAUCCAUUUGCGAUAUUACAACAGCAAAUAAGUUACUGCAAACAACAAACACACUUUUGUUUUAUUGGACACGCGAUAGAAGAGCACAAUACAGUGAGGGAAAAAAGUAUUUGAUCCCCUGCUGAUUUUGUACGUUUGCCCACUGACAAAGAAAUGAUCAGUCUCUAAUUUUAAUGGUAGGUUUAUUUGAACAGUGAGAGACAGAAUAACAACAAAAAAAUCCAGAAAAACGCAUGUCAAAAAUGUUAUAAAUUGAUUUGCAUUUUAAUGAGGGAAAUAAGUAUUUGACCCCCUCUCAAUCAGAAAGAUUUCUGGCUCCCAGGUGUCUUUUAUACAGGUAACGAGCUGAGAUUAGGAGCACACUCUUAAAGGGAGUGCUCCUAAUCUCAGCUUGUUACCUGUAUAAAAGGCACCUGUCCACAGAAGCAAUCAAUCAAUCAGAUUCCAAACUCUCCACCAUGGCCAAGACCAAAGAGCUCUCCAAGGAUGUCAGGGACAAGAUUGUAGACCUACACAAGGCUGGAAUGGGCUACAAGACCAUCGCCAAGCAGCUUGGUGAGAAGGUGACAACAGUUGGUGCGAUUAUUCUCAAAUGGAAGAAACACAAAAGAACUGUCAAUCUCCCUCGGCCUGGGGCUCCAUGCAAGAUCUCACCUCGUGGAGUUGCAAUGAUCAUGAGAACGGUGAGGAAUCAGCCCAGAACUACACGGGAGGAUCUUGUCAAUGAUCUCAAGGCAGCUGGGACCAUAGUCACCAAGAAAACAAUUGGUAACACACUACGCCGUGAAAGACUGAAAUCCUGCAGCUCCCGCAAGGUCCCCCUGCUCAAGAAAGCACAUAUACAGGGCCGUCUGAAGUUUGCGAAUGAACAUUUGAAUGAUUCAGAGGAGAACUGGGUGAAAGUGUUGUGGUCAGAUGAGACCAAAAUGGAGCUCUUUGGCAUCAACUCAACUCGCCGUGUUAGGAGGAGGAGGAAUGCUGCCUAUGACUCCAAGAACACCAUCCCCACGUCAAACAUGGAGGUGGAAACAUUAUGCUUUGUGGGUGUUUUUCUGCUAAGGGGACAGGACAACUUCACCGCAUCAAAGGGACGAUGGAUGGGGCCAUGUACCGUCAAAUCUUGGGUGAGAACCUCCUUCCCUCAGCCAGGGCAUUGAAAAUGGGUCGUGGAUGGGUAUUCCAGCAUGACAAUGACCCAAAACACACGGCCAAGGCAACAAAGGAGUGGCUCAAGAAGAAGCAUAUUAAGGUCCUGGAGUGGCCUAGCCAGUCUCCAGACCUUAAUCCCAUAGAAAAUCUGUGGAGGGAGCUGAAGGUUCGAGUUGCCAAACGUCAGCCUCGAAACCUUAAUGACUUGGAGAUGAUCUGCAAAGAGGAGUGGAACAAAAUCCCUCCUGAGAUGUGUGCAAACCUGGUGGCCAACUACAAGAAACGUCUGACCUAUGUGAUUGCCAACAACGGUUUUGCCACCAAGUACUAAGUCAUGUUUUGCAGAGGGGUCAAAUACUUAUUUCCCUCAUUAAAAUGCAAAUCAAUUUAUAAAAAUGUUGACAUGCGUUUUUCUGGAUUUUUUUUUUGUUAUUCUGUCUCUCACUGUUCAAAUAAACCUACCAUUAAAAUUAUAGAUUGAUCAUGUCUUUGUCAGUGGGCAAACGUACAAAAUCAGCAGGGGAUCAAAUACUUUCUUCCCUCACUGUAUGUACUGCAAAAUUUUUACCAUGCUGUGCAACGCUCCUCAGCUCUGAAAAAAGAAAAAACAUUGGUGGUGGGGCGGCCAGUGGCGCUGUUUCCCCCUACUGUGGAUUCCAUCUAUAAGAACCUAUACUGGGAUAGCUACCACUUUAUUACAAUAUGUAAUUAAUAAUGUUAAUAUGCAAAAAUAUUUAAGGAACAUUUUAAAUUACAGUGUACAAUCUUAACAUGUGAUACAAUACAACAGAACAGAUUAAUAUGCAUGACAUUUACUCUCAUGGUGUGGCCAAAAAUAGUUUAAGCUAGACAUAUCCGGUUUUUGCAUCGGCUGCGUCUCAAUCGACCGCAUCCGCCUAUAUCGGCCUUCCACAUCUGCGGUGGAAGGUGGCCAAGCUACAGCGGUGUUUGUCAGACCAUGAGACAUACCGAAAAUCGGUCUUUUCAUGAAAACGUCUGUAGCUUCCGAACAGUUUGGCUUACAAAACUAAUAUGACCCCACUAUGGAAAGGGGAGACUUUCCGUUUUGCUCUAUGACCCCCACAAGUGUCACGGGACUCGUCUGAAGGUAACACGAAUGGAAGUAUGGAGGUAGUUUUGUGCCAACAAUAAUAAGGGGUUAAAUAUGUCCAAAAAAGCACAAAUAUUUCCUGAGCUUUCUUAUCUCUUAGAUAUAGGACAGACACUUCAACACCUUAUUCCUUAUGAUUUAUUUUUGACUGUCUUUCUUGCCAUCUGUCGAACACUUCAUUGUCCAAAAAAGUCUUAAUUUUUUCCCCAUAGAUAUUGGAAGACCAAGAACCUGUCCCCAAAGCGACUCAGCACUGGUAUCCUCAUGUACACUCUGGCCUCGGCCAUGUGUGAGGAGAUCCAUCUGUACGGCUUCUGGCCCUUCGGCUGGGAUCCCAACACAGGCAAAGAGCUGCCCUACCACUACUAUGACAAGAAAGGAACCAAGUUCACCACCAAGUGGCAGGAGACCCACCAGCUGCCCAGUGAGUUUAAGCUGCUCUACAAGAUGCAUGGAGAAGGUGUGACCAAGCUGAGCCUUUCACACUGUUCUUAG